AUGUUGUUCAAUCUGAUUUUCACAAACUUAGCGGACAAUGUGCUCAACAAUCGAUACAAUGGAAAUCAAAAGAAAUCCUCCGAUCUUCAUCAUCGGACUUCCUUGAAAAAUUUCGAGAAAACAUCGUGUCACGACCAUCAGAAGGUAUNUUAUCAAAAGGCUUCAAUUAUUCAAACAAAAAUAUUACCUGAAUUCCAUCCUGCAUUGGCUUUUUGUCAAAAUAAAUUAGCGUACAGUUUCUUUCGAAUUAAUGAUAUGAAUUCAGCUAAAAUUCAUUUCGAGAAAGCACUGGAAGUAGGGUUAAAAUCCCUACAGCCUGCUCAUCCUUUGAUCAUCGAGCUUUAUUACAUAUUAGGCCUUAUUCACAGAAAUACUAAUACACGACAAGCUGAGGAGUACUUUCAACAGCAACUAAUACUUCUUGAACACUAUCGGACAGCGAAUCAAUCUACAGCUGAUACAGUCGAGAUUGUUGAUUAUAAAAUACAUUAUAUUUGUCCGCAAUGUAAUCUCCCUGUCUGGGUAUACACAUCAUGCCGCAUUCUCAAAGGAAAACCCUGCCCAAGAUGCAUGCGACAAUUCUCCUGUUUGCGAUCAGCGAGAGUGCAUGUGAUGCUUGCUCAGCCGGAUGAAUAA